AUGCCGCCAAAGAGAUCAAGGUCAAAGACCCCAGAUCCGGUGCGAAAGCAGCCGCCCAAGAGAUCGAAGUCGCAAGAGCCAACUCGACGGCCACCCAGCCCUGCUCCACAGCGCUCGAAGUCCUCGGAGGUCAAAGGGAAGCCUAAAGUGCAGCCGCCACCGUGGAAGGAAGGAAAAAACAAGCCUGCUCCAAAGUCGGUGCCCAAACCCUCUCAGAAGAUCCCACCGCCAAAGCCGCCAGCAUCUCGCCCCAAAGACAAGCUGGAGGCACGAGGCGAACCUAUGAAGCGAGGUGCUGAUGUAGAGGUGUCACUUCGUGAGGCGUUGAUCAGGAAGGAGGCACAGUUGGAGGUAGCGCUGCAGAAGGCUGGGGAUAUGGAACAGAAGGCUGUUCUUGAACAGAGGAGAGCCGAAGAGGCUGUGGUGCGUGCGGCCUUUGCCGAGGGACAAGCUGACGAACUACGCCAACGAGCAGCGCGUGUUGAGGAGCUCCAAUUAGAAGUAGCGCAGAAAGAAGCCCGCGCUGCGGAUGCGGAAGCAAGAGCUGAGGUGCUUUCGCAGAUGCAAGACAAGCUCCAGCGGACCAUGCCCGAUAUGGUCAAGUCGAUCGCUGAAAGCAUCAUGUUCUGCCGUGGUCCACGAGACAAAGUGCUGCUGGACUCAGCGACAGGUGGUCUGCCUGGCUUUCGCGGGGUGAGAGCCAAGCUCGAGCUGGAGGACUCCCCAGGCUCCAUGAAAUCGAGCUCCCCAAUUCCUCUUGUCGAUGCGGAGGACAUGGAAGGUGAUGGUGCCCCGAAGGGUCCCGCUCCGGAUGCUGCCGCGACUUCUGAGCUUUUGAAGUUCUACGGGCAGGACGAUGGUACACGCCCGGCCGAGAACUACAGAGCACAUUCCACGGAGUCCCGACCUCCAACGGCUGCCUCGCGACUGAGUACCGUCUUGAAGCGUGCCGUCGCAGGUGGACCGAAGAAGUGA